AUGCAACGAAGAAGAUUAGAGUUUGAAAGCUUGAAUUUAACAGAUGAAGAAGUUCAACAAUAUGUUCUACUUGAACUCCAAAAGCUCCUAAACGAUCACGAUAAGUCAUUGGCAGACUUUCCAGACAUGCCAUUGCCGGAGAAAAAUACCCUCAGCAAUGUCAAAAAUUCUAUGAUCCAAGAAGAGAAAAACUACAACGCAGACGAAGAAAACAAAACUCAUUCGGAGUUGUUUUCAAAACUCAACUCAGAACAGCUAUCGGUUUAUGAAGCAGUAAUGGAUUCGGUCAUCAACUGCAAAGGAAAACUUUUCUUUCUCUAUGGACCAGGUGGGACAGGAAAAACCUACGUUUAUAGGACACUGAUUUCAAAACUACGUUCAGAGAAACGAAUAGUAUUACCGGUCGCAUCGUCUGGAAUAGCUGCAACACUUAUGCCCGGAGGCAGAACCGCUCAUUCACGAUUCAAAAUUCCUAUUGAUAUUCAUGAAAAUUCAAUGUGUGAAAUCAAAGUGAACACAAAUCUAGCAGAGCUGAUUCAAGAAGCAUCCCUCAUUAUAUGGGAUGAAGCACCAAUGGCGCAUCGUUUCACAUUUGAAGCAUUGGAUAGAACCCUAAAGGAUAUCAUGAGUAACGUUGAUCCUACUGCUUCUGAUAAACCCUUUGGAGGGAAAACAGUACUGUUAGGGGGAGAUUUCCGACAGGUUUUACCAGUCAUUCCACAAGGGAGCAGACAGGAUACAGUUCUAGCAUCCCUGAAUAGAUCAUUUGUAUGGGACAAUUGCAACAUAGCCAUCCUCUCCAAAAACAUGAGGGUGAAUCAAGAAGAAAAAGAGUUUGCUGAAUGGAUAUUGAAAGUUGGAAACGGAGAAGCUAAAGCAGCGCCAUCCUCUCAACAAGAAAUUAUGGAUUUAGACAACAUAGAGAUCGACAGAUCACUACUGUUAUCUAAAAGAGAAAAACCCUUGGAACAAGUACAACAAGCAACUUUUCCAGAUCUCCAAAGUUCAUUUAAAGACCGAGAUUAUUUACGAGUUCGUGCCAUCCUCACCCCGAGGAAUGAAACAGUGGAUGAGAUCAAUGAUUUCUUCUUAUCAAAAAUCUCAGGAGACAUCAAACAGUAUCUCAGUGCUGACACGAUUGCAAAUGGUGAAAACAAAAAGAAUCUCAGCAGUGACACAAAUGGAAAGGGUGAAAAGGAUCAGGUGGGAGUCAACCUCCUAUACACAACCGAGUAUCUAAACGAACUUAAGUGUUCAGGAUUACCAAAUCAUCGUCUCGACUUGAAGAAUAACGUACCGGUCAUACUUCUGAGAAACAUAAACCAGAAACAAGGUUUGUGUAAUGGUACAAGAAUGAUGAUUACUCGUUUGGGGGAAAGAGUUCUAGAAGCAGAGAUUCUGAUUGGAAAAAACAUUGGCAAGCAAAUCCUAAUACCAAGGAUCAACAUGACAACAUCAGACACCAAUUGUCCUUAUCAGAUGAGAAGAAGACAAUUUCCAGUAAGACUUUGUUAUGGAAUGACAAUAAACAAAAGUCAAGGACAAAGCUUGGAAAAUGUUGGAAUCUAUCUACCAAAACCUGUUUUCAGUCAUGGGCAACUCUAUGUUGCUUUAUCCCGAGUCACCUCCAAAAAGGGCUUAAACAUUUGGAGUGAAGGAUCGACAAAAGGAACAACAACCACAAUUAAGAACGUUGUUUACAAAGAGAUCUUCAACAAUCUCUGA